AUGAACGAAGCUGGCCUUGGCGUCCCUGUUAACAGCGCAGGGACCACUCCAAAUGAUGUUUCUGACGGCAGUUAUGGUCAAAGAAACUACGGGUCUGGAUUGAGGAAUGAAAAGGUAAACCCGACUUUGGGUACGCCUGGUGCGAUGGGCAGUCAGCAGCAAAUGCACCAACUCCAGCAGCAGCAGCAGCAACAACAGCAACAACAGCAACAGCAACAACAGCGCUUGUUAAUGCAGCAGAAACUACGGCAGCAACAGCAGCAGCAAGCGGUGCAAAACUACGAGAAUCAAUUCUACCAGUUUCUUAUGACUAUCAACAAAAAACCCAAACGAAUGUACAAUUUUGCAGAAGAUAUGGACUCAAUUCUUAAAAAAUAUGAGCAGUUUCGCCCUAGCUUUGAAUUCCACAUUUACGAAAACAACUACAAGAUCUGCGCCCCAGCAAAUACCCGGCUUCAACAACAGCAAAGAAUGCCCCAAGCCACUAGUGAUGGUUUGAUUCUCAACAAGAACAACGAGACCUUGAAGGAGUUUUUAGAGUACGUUGCGCGUGGAAGUAUACCAGAGGCUAUAAUGGAGGUUCUUAAGGAUUGCAAUAUUCAGUUUUAUGAAGGAAACAUGAUUCUGCAAGUUUACGAUCACACAAACACAGUAGAUGUUAAACAGACGCAAAAAGCGGCAUCAGAUCAACCUCAGACAGCUGGCUCAGCCAAUCCGGAUCAAACGUCGACCGGAGAUUCCAAGGACUCUCUCAAAAAAGCUUAUGGCCAGCAACCGCGGCAGGAUUCACAGGGUAGGCCGCUCAGCCAUCAGAGCUCGCAACUGAAUGAAUCGCCUCUUACUCCAAAUGCAUCCAAGCCCGGCUCUUCUGAGCAACAACCACACUCCAGUAGUGAUUCAAAGGCGGCACCCGAAGAAAACGGUGGCAAAGAGGUGAUUGCCACUUUCAAACGACCAAGAGUUUAUCGUACUUUACUACGACCCAACUGUCUCACCCAUUACUAUGAUAUGAUGUCGUACGCUGACCAUACGCGGUUUUCUGAUAACAUCUAUCAACAACUUGAGUCUGAAAUUCUCACUAUAACGAAACGCAAUCUGAAGCUGAAUGUCCCUUUGAAUCCUUAUGAGUAUAGCGAUAGACUGGACGAUGCCGACUUUUUGCCAAACGAUAAACACAGUCAUCGGAAACUUUCAUCCAGAAAGGGUACUAAGGGCCAGGUUGGUCACAUAGACCUUCACGAAGAAUCACCUCAACAUAGCUCAAGUUACGAGCAGAUGAUGUUGAUUAUGAGUGAAAGAACGAGCACCACCACAAUGUCCACAAUUGCGGCAUCCUUGGCCAAAAGUGCGGCAGACUUGACAAGUUCGUCACUCAAGAGUGGAGGCGGCAAGGGCGCUUCUUCUGUCUCGGGGUCCACAGGCAGAGGAAGCGGCAGUAAUUCCGUUGCAGCCGCUGCUGUUGCAGCAGCUGCCGCUGUGGGGUCGAGUAGUAACGACAAUAAUCAAUUCAGUCGGCUAAAAUUUGUGGAACAAUGGCGAGCAAACAAAGAAAAACGGAAACAGCAAGCCAUGAGCGCUAAUGUCACGCCCACGACUUACAAUCAAAGGAUAUCAAUGUCUGCGCCUUUAACGGCACAGCAAAUAAAACAACAACAACAGCAAACAAUGGAACAACAAAAAGGAGUUAACAAAAGGGUAGGUGAGGAUGACAAGAACAAACCCAAAAAACAGCGUAAGACCACGAAGAAGGCCACGCCGGCAGCGACCCCAGAUCCAGCAAAGAAGAAAAAGGCACCAAAAGCCAAGAAAUAA